AUGGAGGCGGUAGAGGAACCGAUCGAUGACCAUCAACAAUCUGUAGAGAAGAUCGAGGAUCCCGGGAGGCUUCGUGUCCUCUCGGUGGACAAGGUCACCCUCGAGAAGUACGUCUUGGAAUCGUCGACCGGGUCGCGAGAAGUGCUCUUGACGAAGAAUGAAAGUUCAAGGAAGCUUUCGAUAAAGUCUGAGCUCAGCAGAUCCUCCAGAAACGAUCGAAAAGGAUCCACGAACGCAAAGAAUCGUUGCUCGCUUUCAGAAGAAGCGUUGCUGAAGGACAACCUGCCUGUUGGCUCUCCGUCCAAUGAAACUGGGUCGAAGAGUCGCGAGGCCAGCCUGGAGAAGAGGAUCAAGCCUAUAAGGCUGACCAAAAGCCCUUCCAUAGGCAGCAUCGUGGUCAUUAGCCCGAAAAGGACCAAGAUCCCGCCAAAGAUACCUGACAAGCCGGUCUCGAAGAACGUUCUCCCCGAUUCUUCAGGCUCAGAGCGUUCAAAGACUACCACAGAUUCGGCUGAGGUAAGACAAGAGGAAGAAUUUAAAGGUUCUUCGGAUAACGGCCUGCAAGAUCUAUCAACGAAACAGGAUAAAGGCCUGGAUGCAAAAAACAGGCUGGAUAAGAGCCAGUCCAAGAUCGAGGUACUCCAGCAGAAUCUGACCACCAAGAUAGACGCCAACACGGCGGACAGUUACAAGAAGCUGCUGGACCUGCGUGCCAAGCUGCCGAUUCUCGUCGACUCGAACGCGAACGAGAAACCACUGGGCGAGUUCGACGAGGAGUUCCUGCGCAAGCAGAGUCUGGACAGCAAGUUGAAGAUCGAGGAGCACGACAGCGCGGUCGAGCUGGAUCGCGUGAUCAACGGGGAAGGGAUCGAGAAGACGGUGAAGCCUGGCUAUAGCAAGAAGGUGUCUGAGAUCGAGAAACGGUGGUCGGGCGAGUUCCUGGAGCGACGUAGAUCCUCCGAGUCUUCGAAAUCCUCCUACGUGGAGGAGUUCGGAAGCGUCUCAUCCAGGGAGAGCGUCGGGGAGGAUCGUGGCGCCUCAUUGUACCCGGAGAGACUGCAGGAGGAUCAAGACUCGAUCACAGAGAGGCAAACAUCCGAGGAGGUUUUGACCGUGGACAGUACCGACAUCAGCACCGUCGACUCUGAUUCGUGUUUAGAGGACAGGAUCAAGGCUGUGGACGAAGAUAUCGAGAACGCCGAGAUCGACGAUGAGAUCGAUGACGUCGACCAAGAGCGAAUGGUGGAUCUCGAGAGGAUUGACGGUCAGUGGAAGAGCCAGAGCAUAGGACGCAAGAGGCAACAUCGGAAUACAGACUCUAGAUCUGGGAUAGCGUCCUCCACCGAUUCCAUCGAUCUAUUUGUCGCCAGAAGAUCAUCACCGGGAAGGGACGGUUACGCGAGCCUGAUCAAAGAAUUCACCAUGGAGGCGGCAACCACGUCCAAGAAGAAGGAGGAGAAGCAGAAGAAGAAGCUUGGUCUCCGCCGGCUAUUGCCUGGGUUCUUCUCGCCGAAAGACUCGCGGAAAGACUACAAGAAGAAGGAAUCGAAGGAAAAGAAGAGGCAGGACGACCGACAUUUUGCCAGGUACCAGCAGAACGGGAACUACACUAGAUCGCCAGACACGAUGAACUUGAACGAGGACAUCAAGAGAAACGUGAAACUGGACAACAGUCUGAACGGAUCUAUGAUAGAGGAGAGGCUGGACGAGAUCAAGAGAGAGCUGUUCCCCGAUCAAGGCCCUAUAACCAGCACUCCAGAUUAUCUGGCCAGGGAGGAUGAUCGAGCCUUGCUUCGCGAUCGAACUGGCCCGCCUAGAUCCUACACCACGGAUUCCAGUCUCAGCUCCAUAGCGCCAGACGACCGUUGGGCGGAGAGGAACGCCCAUCUUGGAAUAUCCCCGGAUAUCCGGAAGUACGAGCAGAGGCAGAAGCGGGAGGAGGUCGGGAGGGGCCAGCUGGAAAGAAAGCACAGCCUCCAGGAGCCGAACAACCGUUAUUUCUUCCACAGAAAUCACGGACCUUCCGGAAGAAUCUCUGCACCGCCCAACGAGAGAUAUUUGGUACGACCCAGAGCGAUCCAUCCGAUCGACAGGCCUCUGCCGGCGAUACCGCAUUCACGAACGAACUUGAACUGCGAGAACUUCCUCGAGGAAGAUCCACGAGAGGCGAUCGAGUACGGCCAUAAUGUGUACGUCCAGGCGAAGUCGAACUACUCGAAUGUACGUGGUGGUAGCUUGUACGAGAACCAUAAUGCUUCCGGGCUGAUGCCACAGUCGGUCUCUGCUCAAGUGAAGAUCACCACGCAGCCCAUAGUGAACCAGAAUCACAAGGCUCCGCUGGUAGGCAGAUCGUCGAAGUACUCUUCUCCAGGGUCCAGUCAGAAGUCUGGGGAGUACGCGGACUCGAGUUGCACGCCCAAUUCCAGCCAGAAGAGCGAGUUCUCGCCGUCCAGCUCGAAAAGCGGCGAGUACUAUCUCCACUCGCCAGGGAACAGUGGAUCUCCUACAAACGGCAAGGACCUGGACGAAAGGGAUGAGGUAUACGUGAACGAGAAGUCGCCGUCCAGGUCGUCCACCAGGUGCAUGGACGACAGGAUCUACGAUGAAACGCCUUUGUCGCCCUGCGACGAUCGUUCCACACCGACCAACUCGAACCAGCUGGAACGAUCCAGGGAGGAGCCCACUGAUCUAGGGAACACCUCGAAUCAGAGUCCCUCGAAGGGGUCCCAGGGUACAGAGAAGUUGGAGGACAGCCAGAGGACUCUGGAAACCACGAUUCAAGGUGCUCCCUGUUCACCUAGCGGUAGUCAAGGGAAACAGGUGUCGCCUAGGGGUUUGACAGCCCAGGCCAAGAGAGCUCAACCGAAUGAACAGAUCUUGAUAGCCUCCCCAAAGAGGGAGUUAGCUUACGAAACGAGGAUACCAAGACCGACCAACGAGACCCGACGAAUCGAGUCGCCUGUGAACAUCGGUAAUUCGCCUCUCAGACUGCCAUCAACAGUGGAGGCACGAGGCUACGAUUCCCCUGGAAGCCAGGAUUUCUCUGGAACGAAGACAAUCUUCCAGGGACAGAGGUCAACCCCGAGCUUCUCCCCCGGGAUACCUCGACCUGAACCAGUCUACGUUCAACGAAACGUGGCCAGUCAGCCUGUAGGUCAUCGACCUAACGUACAGAAGAAGGACAGCGAUGAUAGGGUAGCCUGGAUUCAGGGCAGAACAUCGUCACCAGUGAAGAGCCCACAGAGACCUAGUCCACGGAUCGAGAAGACCGAUCGAGGCGCUAAUCAGCAGCCAACGAAGAGCCCGUGUCAUCAGGUUCAGGUUCAGAAAUCCAGGAUUCCGGCUGCGCAGAACAAAUCUCCGGUUUCCAGUCCAGGUCACCCAGAAUCCACUACUGGUUCCGCUCGAUCUGUCGAUGAGUCAUCUGUCUACGUUCAAAGGAUCCCAGAACCGGUAUACGUGCAAAGGGAGGCUGUCUCCCCAUCGAAGCAGAAGACCAGACAGCAUCUGGAGGCGUUCUACUGGCAACAGAAGGCUCUGGAGGCGCACAGGAAGUCGCUGGCCUCUCCAGGAACCGCAAACUCAGGGCAGAUCGCUCGGAAGAUCGAUCUACCCGAGGUCAGAGAGGCCGUGUACUGGCAACAGUUGAAGAGACUAGACGAGGAGCUGCAGAGACGCAUCUACGAACAGAACCUGGCCGAGGAGAGUUCCUGCUGCUCGAAGAGCCCCUCCAGGCCCAGGCAAGGAUCCCUCGGGUAUCCCGUCCAACAAUGGACAGAGAAUCUUCGGCGAGCCAAGGGAAUUCCCAGCGGCAAGCCACCGCUGAUGCAAAGCCAGAAGGGUCCAAACCAGCCAGUGCUAAUAGUCAGACCGCAGCAGGCUGUCCAGAAUCGCCGUGAAAUGCAGACCAAGCCUCUAGACCCUCCAAGAUUGGAGGCUCAGAGGUCCAAAAGUGCUUCCCCCCAUUUCCAUCGGGGCGAACCGCAUGUGACCCAGAGGAAGAUGGAGCCGACUAGCUACAUAGAUGUGAACGACGAUUCUAAGGGGGCGCCUCAUCCGAUAUUCAAGAGGGGCAGCCUUGUAGGCGGAGACUCCGUUGAUUAUGGGACCAGUGGCGGUGCGAAGAGGGUCAGUUUCUCAAAUCAGUUGCCACCUGGCCAGGACCUGCCCGCUGGUAGCUGGCCAACCAAGCAUGGACCUGCUCCAGAACCACCAACUAGGAGACACAGAAGCGAGGAUAGUACCUCCGACACCGAUUCCGUGUUCUCCCAUGAUCGACGCGAUCCUGCACACUAUCCUGAAUCGGAAUACGACGCUGACAGACCCCUACCGCCUCUGCCUAGGGAUCUCGCCAACGCUAGGUCACCUGCAGCCGCGAGGUGCAAUCUUGUGAUGUCACCGUACGGUGAUCUAAGAUGGCAGGACCUUCGACGAGUUAACAGUCCUUCGGUCACGCCUGAGCAGCUGCAGCGGGUGCUUCGCCAGAAAGAGGAGGAGUGGAAUCCGGAUGGCAAGGGUCGACAGUCCAACGACACCGGUGGGUCCGGCAGGGGGGAGGUUGAGGCAGGCUCGAACGAAAUUCCAACCGGUAGAAGAGGCGGCGGCGGCGGCGGUGGGGGCAACGCGGGCAGCGGAGGGGGCGGGGGUAGCGUGUUGGGCGUUGGCGGGGGCGGGGGAAGUGGAAACGUCGGCGGUUGUUCGGGCGGUAGAAGCGGGUCCGGGGGCGGCGGGGGCCGGUCGAGGGACGAGCCGAGGAGGCACACCCUCGGCGGUGAUCACCAGCCCUCUCUGCAUCAUCAGCAGUUCAACGCGGCCCAGCAGCUGCACGCCCUUCAUCCCCAUCAUCUGCCGCCGCCGCACGGCCAGUACGGCACGCCGCCCACGCGACACACCACCAUGGAUCUCGAGAUGGGGACCAAGUCUCGCCAGAGAAAGUCGCCUCUUCCGCGCGGGUUUCCGCCUCCCUCUUCGACGAUGUUGUUCGAUGACGACCCGGGCAUCAUGUCCGAGGUGGAGACCUCUAGCACCGGAUUCCGACGGGGCGGUAAACAGAGAAGCAGCCUCCCCGUUGUACGGACCCCAAGCAAAACUCUGGAGCGACCAUUAGGUAACUCACCAUCCGCGAUAGAAUUAGGAUCGUCGUGUUGCUGCCUCGCUGCUCGAUCCCCUUGUCGGACAUUCCUGACGAAACGAUGCGUUUCUCUGGACGAUUCCAUAGGUCUAGUGUUCCUGCAGUAUAGGAACGAGACGAAGCGUGCCCUGCUCCCGAACGAAAUCACAAGCAUAGACACGGUCAAGGCGCUCUUUGUCAGGAGCUUUCCUAAGCAACUCACCAUGGAAUACCUAGACAGUCCACAUGUAAAGGUUUACAUACACGACAGCAACAAGGACAUGUUCUACGAGCUCGAGGACCUCAGAUCUCAUCUGCGAGACAUCCGGGACCGCAGCGUGUUGAGACUGUUCGAGAGCACCGACGGUGUCACGGGGAUGCCUGGACCGAUGGGAAUACCUGGCGGCGGUGGGCUGCUGCCUCACUGGGAGGACCAGAGCUACUUCAGCGAGCCGGAGUUCGACAGCGAGUACCAACACCAGCACAUCCACAAGAGCAAGACGGCGAAGAACUCGACUUCCGGUAGCAGCGGCUACUACGUAGGCGGUAGCAGCACCCUUCCACGAGGCGGUCAGCUGAUGAGAGCGUACAGCCCGGCCGCAUCGUCAGUCGUCGGUGGACCGACCGGCACGCCGACACAGCCGAAACCACUGUCAACGCCAGGUGGUGGCGGGGUGCCGCCGGCCAAGCCGCUUCGCAGCUACCAGUGCGGUAAGAGUCCCCUUGGAAGCCUCGGGGGCUCGGCUCGCUUCUCUAGAGACAGCUCGGUCUCCCUCUAUAGUAUAGCAGAUCGAUUGCACGGGGAGGCCGGAUACAUGAGCAGCCCCGAAAGAGGAGGCGGAGUUGGCUCCGGGAGCGGGAGAUACCCGCCUGGACCGUACAGCGCCGGGAGCAGCUACGAGGACCCGUACUACUCGCAAUACUCAGGCACCGUCACUCCAGUCAUCGACGAAGAAGCCAGGAUCAGGGUGGAGCACAUGGAGAGACAGUUGGCCAACCUGACCGGGCUGGUGCAGAAGGCUCUGACACACGCCCCACAUCCGAGUCCGUCGCCCAGGGAUUAUCUGCAGGUGCCAGCGGGUCGCGACCCAUACGCGAGAGGAGCAGGCGCCGGGGACGAGUUCGACAAACACUCUAGCUCCAGCUCUGCCUCAUUGCCAGUGUCUCAACCUGCCGUUACAGAUGACUCGUACUUAAGGACUGACGUAAAACCACCAAAGUUAGGCAAAGACAAGUCGGUGUCGUUCGAAAAGUCAGUGUCCUUCAGUGACGAGCCUCCAGACAUGAACUCUCCCAAACAGCAUUCCCCGCAACACGCAGCGGACACUAAGCCAACGAAACCGGCGAUCAAAUCCUCCACGUUGCCGAGGAUGUCUUCGCAAGAGAGAGACAGGCACAAGCCGACACCGCCGCCGAAGCCGGCUGCCCUGGUCGCCGGGCAAUACGUCUAUCGGGACCUGGCUCUCACGCCGGAAAUGUACAACCAGCUACGCGGGCUACAGAAGAAGGCAAAGGACCUGAGGCAAGAGGUCAGAAACCUGAGGCGCAUGUCUCAGGCGCAGGCGCACACCGUUAGGGAGACGAUCAGGGACACAUUCAUCACCAUCAGGGCAAUGUUACUGUCGGGUGGAGACGCCGCCUGGUCCACCGGGGAUGCCGAGAAGAUCCGACUGAGCCGCGAGGAAGACCUCUACAAGCAGGAGAUGCUGAGGCUGGAAAAAGAUCUGACCGAGCUGGAGAGCACGGUGGAGGAACUCCGUGGCAACGUGAUCAACCGGAAGACUCGUGUGAACAUGUCGGACGUGGAAAACAUGGCCUUGAUCCUAAGCAAAUCAAGCAAAACGGUGGCGGAUCUGAAGGUACGAUUUCCGAGUCUGCAAGAGGGCAUGAAGGGUCUCCUGAGCUCCGAGAUGGAGAAGGUGGUGCGCGAAGAGAAGUUCCUGAAGGAGGAACCGGAACGACUGGAGACCGCGUUGAGGCGUUGCAAGAAGCUCACCGGUACCCUAGUGACGCUCAAACGCUUGGCGUCGGUGCAGGAGCAGCGAUUACCAAACGCGACGAGCGUGGACGCGGAGGAGACGCCCCCAAUAACGCCCACGUCGGCUCAGCAUUCCAAGGCAACUGCCCCUGUGCCAGCGGAACGCACUGUCGUGGGGUCAGCGAGCGUCAUCGGGGGAGGGUCCCACCCUCACGAGCCAUCCGCCGCCCAUCAGCAGCGUCCGGAGAACGCACUCGACGCUCUGUUAGACGAACUGCAGACAUUCUCGAGACCUAGCUCCCAGCUCGGUCACGUCCCAGGUGCGGCAGCCGUGCUCUCGGACCUAGGAAGGUCAAAUAGCAGAGAAGCGGGUGUUCCACCGGGCCCGGGGACACCUGGACGAGCUCCAUGCAUCUCGGACAUAGGCAGAAAGGGUAGCGUGGACUCUUCCAGUGGGAUUCUAGCCAGCGGGACCGUGACGGGGCCAGCCACCGCCCCGACUCCUGGUGGUACACUAAGGAGACUUCACUCGUACCCGUCCAGCUCGGACACGGACACCUCGCCGCCCAUAGCGAGACUCCAGGUGUCUCUGCAGGAUCAGCCCAGCUUACCUGUCCUGCCCCAGGGCUUUGUACCAGGUCAGAAGCCCCCUGUGCCUGAGAGGAACGCUGAACUGUUGCAGCUGGCCAGCGCCAGGAGGGUACCCCCACCACCGCCACCGAGGACCAGCUCCAGAUCCCCAUUGGCCAGCCCGACUAGUCCCCAGCUGCCGCCCAGGAACCACGCCUGCAACCUGCAGACCGGUAACACCACUCUACGAAGGCCUCCGGCCAGGGGUACCUUGCCCAAAGAGGGCAAACCGCCUAUGGCCCUGCCCGCUGAAGCUACCAACAACGUUGUCCCAACUCUGGAACCCGUUCUCCAUAAUUCCUCCUCGUCCCAGUCGUCGGCGGUGCUGUCAGCCAGCAAUUCGAGCUCCUGCGAAAGUGUCAACUCGCAGGAAGGCCUGCAAAACAAGAAGGGUAGGCAAGAGCUACUCGAGCAACGACACCAGGAGCUGUUGCGCAAGCAAAAGGCUCUACAGGAGCAAUACGCCAGGCUCCAGCAGCUGCAGAGGAACACAGCAGGUCUAACCACCAUACCGCCAGCUCCGCCUGAUCUUCUGAAGAAGACGGGAUCGGAGAGUAACCUGCUGGCCAAGAUGGGACUUGGUCUUAGCACCGCCAGUUCCGGAUCUUUGACCAGUCUGACCGGGAAACCGUCAGUCUCCCAGGAGUCCUCGGUGGACGAACAACCGUUGGGACAAGACAUGAACAACGGGGACACGGAGAUGAUGAAGACGAUGACGAAUUCGAUCUCAGGCCCUGGAAUGAUCGGCGAACCGAACGGCCAACCGACUGGAAUCGUCCCGACGACUGCCGCGGUUCUGACCAUCGCCACGUCGAAUACGACCACCACGACCACCAGCAAGAUCUACGAGACCGAUAUUCUGUGACCGAGAAGUCGAUCGUCCUUGAUCAAGAUCACCUCCGCCGCGGAGGCCGUGCUCGCGAGUUAACCCUGUCAUCCAGCGUCGCCCGGGCCGCGGGGAAUCCGAGGGAUAUGCUUUGUACACGCGAUUUUCUAGUGGUGGGGGACUAAUGACGGUCGGACCUAGACACUGGAAAGAGGGUUACCGUGCGCGCUAGGAGCCCUGAACACACGAAACGGUCGAGAUUAUCAUUCAGACCCACGGGAGGACGCUUUUCAGUAUUAGGGAUGAGAAUCGAAUUUCUGACGGGUCUGUGUCAACGGUAGAGAGAGACGCCGUGAGUACGGCCGACCGUGAGAGUAGAGGAUUGAAUACCAUGUGGUGGGCCCGGUAGCCAGAGUUGCCAGGG